UCGAAAUUCUGUCUUUCACGCCAACAAAGCAUAUUUUGAAUGCAGUUUCAAGUCGUGCGCCAAGACAUUCGGAGUUGGUCAGUUCGCCAAAAGCUGAAAGUGACAAGAAAUUAAGUAAUUAAUGAAAAAAUAAAUAAUUGUGGUGGUACAAAGCAAAAGAAAGCUAAGGUGUGUACAUACAUAUGUAAAUUAAAUACUCGUAUUGACAGCAAGAAAGUAAUUAAUUGGCGUUGGUCGAAGCGGAAAGCGGAAGCGCAGUUAGAUGCGCUUCAGCGAAUUUGACGCUUUUUUUUUUACAAUUGCAAUUUGCCAAAUUUUAAGUGUUAUAAAAUAGUACAUUGAAAUCGUACAGAAAGGGACGCCCUUAACGAAUUUCGAAUUUGUUGCAAGUGUGUUACGGUGCGUGCGGAGCGGUGUAGUGUGGGCAGCUAGAAGGAAAAGCCAACAAUUGUUUUUCGGGGUGAAAAGGCCAGUUGGCUGGUGGCUGAAAAUGUGAAAAGCAGUGCAGCGCAACGUAGGAAAACGUUAGCCGUAGCAAAAAUUUGUCAGUUGUUUAAAAAAAUUGAUUUUUAUUAUUGAUGUGCGUGUGUUUUUCGUGUGGUGCGAAUAACAGUAAACAGCUUGGUACUUUGAAAAUAUGCAAUUAAUUAUUGUGUUUUUGUGUGAAAAUAAAUACAAAAACAUUUUUAUGGUGUUUAUUUUGGCGUGUGAGCAACGUCUGCUGCAACAGCAAAAACACCGAAGGCAACACGGCUCUGCAUGAAAGUAUGUAAAUAGACACUUAAACAAAUUGGAAGCGAAAACGUUGCACGUAAAACACAAUAGAAGUGACAUACUGCUGCUGCUGUUCGUUUUUAUUUUGGAAAUGGCUGCAUCGAGCAUAGAGCAAAAGUAGAACAAAAGUUUAACAAAUUGGUAGAGAACGAACACAAUGAACGUGUGCUGCAUGAAAAAGACACAAUAAAUGCAGAAAUAGCUGCGUGUUGCAUGCAUUUUGCUGAGAGAAGUGAAGAGAGUAAAUAUAAACUAGCGUUAGUUGGUAGCUUAAAUACGAAAGGCGAUUACGGCUGAGCAUUUGAAGGCUAUUCAAAUUAUACAAAUGCGCGAGAACGAAUCAAUGUGAAGAGAUAUAGAAAUAAAAACAUAUAGAAAUAUACGAUGAACAAUAACGGUGAAUGAGUGCGCGUACUUGUCAAGCUUAUUUUUAAUAAUACACGCGUUGGAGCCGAAGACUGCGGUUGACGCGUAGUGUGUGGUGGCAGCGUCGACGACGCCACCCACAAUUCCUAAAAAAGUAGUGUUCAAAUAAACAGAAAAUCACUCGAUUGUGCUCUUGUUUCUCUUCCUCUUGCGGCUGGUGAAACGCACGCCUCAAAGUGCAUUUAUUCCAGCAUACCAUGUCCUCGAUAUCGGCGCAGGGCGUGGUCGAACGUGCAUCCGCUGAACUCUCGAAACGCAUUAACGGUCUUGGCCUGCGUUCGAAACAUCAUCAUGGCAGCGGUUCUAAUUCGUCCUCGUCCUCCUCUACACAAUCCUCUUCUUCGUCUAGUGGUGGUAGUGGCAAAACCUCAGUAAUGGAACGUGUCACAAAUGCGCUCUGUGGCGGUAGUAGCAGCAGCAACAGCAACAACAAUAGCAGUAACAACAGCAACAAUAGCAAUGCAAGCAACAAUUCGAACAGCAACCCAACCGCCACACCCGACAAACCAUCACGCGGCGGUAGUGCUAGUGGCACGCACACUCCCACAGGCGGCCUGUCCGCGCCCUCAAGUCCCACACUCCCUCACAAUGUUGGCGUUGUCGGUACUGGCGGCAACAUGCAGCUACUGCAGCAACAGCAGUCGGCGCCACAGGCCCAGCAGCCGUCACAUCCGCAUCAACAUUCGCAGCAGCCAUCGCCGCCGCCGCCACCGUCACAACAUCCACUGCAAACACAGAUUGCCAGCUCGACACUGGUGAAUUCCAAUUCCAAUAUGAUAGGUGGCCCACCGCCUGUGCUUGGCCAUCCACUUGGCGCACCACCAGCGCCCACUGUUAACUCGAUCGCCAAGCAAAUGAACAUCACUAUACCCGGCCAGCCGCAGUUCACAACCAUGGGCUUAGUGGCGGCUCAAAAAUCGGUAGCAAAUCAAUCUGUGAGUGGCGGCACGCCACUGCAGUUGCGCAAGCAACUGCCCAAUCCACAUCUACAUCAUCCAUAUGCGGGUGGUGGAGUUGGCGGCGUGGGCGGCAGUGUUGCGGGUGUCUUGCCGACGGGCGCUGCUGGCGGCGCUUCAAACGCUUCACAACUGGCCGCUGCCGUUACACAGUCUGCGCUGAUUCUGCACAAACACCCGCCUCCCAUAACCAGCAUUGAGGCGUUGCUGCUCGACGAUCGCUUCUUGAAUCGCUUUUUCCUUUACUUUUCGUCUUAUGAGCGUCGUACGUUGGCUCAGGUUUGCAUGAAAUGGCGCGACAUACUCUAUCGCAGUCCGCGUUAUUGGUCGGGUCUCUUGCCGACAUUGCAAUGUCGCGAAUUGCGUCAAAUACCGAGCUGUGAUCGUGUGAAGCUGUAUAAUUCGUUGAUACGUCGCGGUUUUCAUGCGCUCGCGUUAGUGGGAGCCUCAGAUGAGGAUGCGCUCGACGUGGUGCACUCAUUCCCGUUAGCCUCCAAGCACAUACAUUCAUUGAGUUUACGCUGUUCAUCGAUUAGCGAUCGGGGACUGGAGGCAUUGCUGGAUCAUCUGCAGAGUCUCUUCGAACUCGAACUAGCCGGCUGUAAUGAAGUUACCGAGGCUGGCCUAUGGGCUUGUCUAACGCCGCGUAUUGUCUCGCUCUCGCUGGCCGAUUGUAUUAAUAUCGCUGAUGAGGCGGUGGGUGCAGUGGCGCAAUUGCUGCCAUCACUAUAUGAAUUUUCACUGCAGGCUUACCACGUCACCGACGCUGCUUUGGGUUAUUUCUCGCCAAAGCAAAGUCAUAGUCUGAGCAUACUGCGUCUACAGUCGUGUUGGGAGUUAACCAAUCAUGGCAUCGUUAAUAUUG